UCAAAACUCCUCGAAACUCGACGCAACAGAACAAACAAACGAACUCCGAUAUCCCCGACGAGAGUGACGGAGAGGCGGACGAUGACGACUUCGGCGGCGGCGAGGGACCAGCACCUGGAUGAGCUCCGCGCGCUCAUGGCGGCGCACUCGCCGCCGAUACACGCGCUCCUCGUCCCCUCCGAGGACGCGCAUCAGAGCGAGUAUGUUUCGGAGCGGGACAAGCGGCGGCAGUUCAUCUCUGGAUUCACUGGGAGCGCUGGGUUGGCUCUUAUCACUGCAAAGGAGGCGUUAUUGUGGACAGAUGGACGGUACUUCUUGCAGGCCACACAACAACUCAGUGACCGCUGGAAACUUAUGCGCAUGGGAGAAGACCCACCAGUUGAAGUAUGGAUAGCUGAUAAUCUAUUGGAUGGAGCGGUUAUUGGAAUUGAUUCAUGGUGCAUCUCGGUUGACUGUGCUCAGAGAUAUGAACAGGCAUUUUCAAAGAAGAAUCAAAUGUUGCUUGAACUUUCUUCUGACUUGAUUGAUGAAGUAUGGAAAGAGCGUCCUCCCAAUGAUGCUCUACCAGUAAAUGUCCACCCCGUAGAAUUUACUGGGCGUAGUGUAGCGGAAAAGAUAAAGGAGUUAAGAGAAAAAUUACAACAUGAAAAGGCUACUGCCAUUGUAAUUACUGCUCUUGACGAGGUUGCUUGGUUGUACAACGUUCGAGGAGAUGAUGUGCAUUAUAGCCCGGUGGUUCAUUCUUAUGCAAUUGUAACCUUGCACAAUGCCUUCUUUUAUGUGGAUAAGAGAAAAGUAACAAACGAGGUUGAGAACUACAUGGCUGGAAACGGUAUUGAUAUUAGAGAGUACCAUAUGGUUCAACCAGACGUGAGCUUGCUUUCGUCUGGACAGCUACAAGGUUCUGUAGUUAAUGGUAAUUUGCACGUGGAGAAGGAUAUCAAGGGGCAGGAGCAUUCAAAAAUUUGGAUUGAUUCAAAUUCUUGUUGCCUUGCACUCUACUCAAAACUCAGACAGGAUCAAGUUUUGAUGCUGCAAUCACCUAUUGCUCUACCAAAGGCUGUCAAGAAUCCCAUGGAGCUGGAUGGUUUGAGGAAGGCACACAUUCGUGAUGGAGCGGCUGUUGUUCAAUACCUGGCUUGGCUGGACAAUCAGAUGCAAGAGCACUAUGGGGCCUCUGGUUACUUCAGUGAGGCAAAUGGAUCACAGAAAAAGGAGCAUUUGGAAAAAGUAAAACUUACCGAGGUUUCUGUCAGUGAUAAACUAGAAGGCUUCCGUGCGGAGAAAGAGCAUUUUAAAAGUUUGAGUUUUCCUACGAUUUCGUCUGUGGGCCCAAAUGCAGCAAUAAUUCACUAUUCACCUGAGGCAAAUACAUGUGCUGAGCUUGAUGCUGAUAAAAUAUAUCUAUGUGACUCUGGGGCACAGUACCUGGAUGGUACUACAGACAUUACAAGAACUGUACAUUUUGGUAAACCCUCAGAGCAUGAGAAGUCAUGCUACACAGCUGUUUUGAAAGGCCACAUCGCGCUAGAUGCUGCUGUGUUUCCUAAUGGGACGACAGGGCAUUCUCUUGACAUUCUUGCUAGAACCCCACUGUGGAAAAAUGGUCUUGACUACCGGCAUGGCACAGGCCAUGGAGUCGGAUCUUAUUUGAAUGUUCAUGAAGGCCCUCAUCUAAUUAGCUUCAGACCUUCUGCUCGAAAUGUACCACUGCAAGCAUCAAUGACUGUAACCGACGAGCCUGGUUAUUAUGAAGAUGGAAACUUUGGUAUAAGGUUGGAGAAUGUUCUUAUUGUCAAAGAGGCCGAUACAAAAUUUAAUUUUGGAGCGAAGGGUUUCUUGUCAUUCGAACAUAUAACAUGGGCUCCAUACCAGACAAAACUGAUGAACACUGCCUUGAUGACCCCUGCGGAGGUGGAAUGGGUAAACUUGUACCACUCUGACUGCCGGAAAAUCUUGGCGUCUUAUCUGAAUGAUGAAGAGAAGGAAUGGCUGCGGAAGGCCACCGAACCCAUUACUAUGAGCAGUUAAGCCAGACACUCCAUGGCUACCGCUGUUGUGCAGCAUGCGUGGAUAGAUGGCUGCUCCACGACUGCAAUCAGUGUGAAUACCAGCAAGUCUUUGAUUCGUUACGUAUUUCGUGCUUCCAAGUAGAGUGAGGCCGGAAAUGAAAAUGAUAAAUGAUACUGUAUGUUGCAAGAUCAAUUCAAUAUCUUCCAAAUAAAAAAGAUUAGUUCAGUUCA